UGAGCCUUUAUAAAUAGGCAAAGAAUGUCAAGGCCUUUAAUGUGUAGUUUAAGAAAUGAGACUAUAAAUUUCUGGAGAUUGGGCAAUUUUCUUUGGGAUUAUUUGAUGUUUUAAGGUUAUUCCUUCAGUAAUCUUUUGCCUCAUCAGUGAGAUUUGCUUCAUUUAUAAAUUUUCUUUCUUACAGAGAAACUGCAUCUCUGAAAAUUUAAGAACAAACUCAUGUAGUAAAAAAUUGAUAAUGAGUGAAUAAUGUUUAAAAUAUUUUGCUGCUUUGUCAAAUAUUGGAUAGUCACUGGAAAUGUCACAUUCAUUGGAGAAAAUUUAUAAGGAUUUUAAAAUAUUUUCUUAGGUAAAAGUGAUACAAAUAAUCCUGGACCUGAAAUUAAUAAGAUUCGAACACCUGAGAAAAAGCCUCCAGAAUCAAAACAGGUUGAUUUGGAAUCAAACCCACAGAACAGAAGUCCUGAAUCACGUCCUGGUGUUGUUUAUCCCAGCACCAAAUUUCCUCGCAAAGAUAAUCUCACCCCAAGACACAUAAAUCUUCCUCUUCCUGCCCCCCAUGCACAGUAUGCGAUCCCUAAUCGCCACUUUCAUCCAAUUCCCCAGCUACCGAGACCACCAUUUCCAAUUCCACAGCAGCAUACCUUAUUAAACCAGCAGCAGAAUAAUGUGCCUGAACAACCAAAUCAGAUGUCACCCCAACCAAAUCAGGUAGUCCAGCAGCAAAGCCAGUUGAAUCCACAGGCUCAGCAGCCACCUCCUCAGCUUUCUCCUGCAUAUCACACGGGACCCAGCAAUGCUUUUUUUAACACUGCAGUUUCUCAUGGGCCACAGUCUCCUCCUGCAGAGCCUGUGAUUUCUGAGCAGCAGCCCCCUCCCAUGCUGCAAGAAGGCCCCAGUCCUCUGAGAGCCAUUGCUCAGCCUGGCCCUCUCCUUCCUUCACACCUCAACAACUUCCUUGAUGAGAACUCCACAGGACUACCUAUAGGAGAGGCUUUAGAUCGUAUACAUGGCAGUGUAGCUCUGGAAACAUUGAGGCAGCAGCAAGUACGGUUACAGCAGUGGAACGAACAUCAUGCCUAUCUCAGCCAGAGCAGUAUUCAGUACGCACACCAUCACCAUCCUCAUCUUCAGCAUCUUCCUCAGCCACCCAUGGGCCUCCAUCAGCCACCAGUGAGAGCAGACUGGAAGCUCACCAGCAGUGCCGAAGACGAAGCAGAAACGACAUUCUCAAGGUUUCAAGACUUAAUUAGAGAGCUGUCUCAUCGUGAUCAAAGUGAAGCACGAGAACUAGCUGAAAUGCCACCACCUCAAUCAAGACUUUUGCAAUAUAGACAAGUUCAGACUAGAAGCCCACCGACAGUACCAUCUCCCCCAUCUACUGCAGACCACAGUAGCCACUUCUCUAACUUGAAUGACAACAGCAGAGACAUUGAAGUAGCCAGCAACUCAGCAUUUCCACAGCGCCUCCCUCCCCAGGUAUUCAGCUCACCUUUCUCCUUGCCAUCCGAACACCUUGCCCCUCCUCACUUGAAAUACCUGGCACCUGAUGGAGCAUGGACUUUUGCUAACUUGCAGCAGAAUCACUUAAUAGGGCCGGGUUUUCCCUAUGGCCUACCUCCAUUGCCUCACAGGCCACCACAGAACCCUUUUGUACAAAUACAGAAUCAUCCACAUGCUAUUGGUCAAGAGCCAUUUCACUCAUUGUCAUCUCGAACAGUAUCUUCUUCUUCGCUCCCUAGCUUAGAAGAGUAUGAACCCCGAGGACCCGGUCGGCCCUUGUACCAAAGACGAAUCUCAUCUAGCUCAGUCCAGCCUUGUUCUGAAGAAUUGAGCACUCCCCAAGACGGCCUGGCUCAGUGUAAAGACCUGCAGGACCAUGGCAACCCACCUUUCAGCUUCUCAUCCCGGAGUCCUGGGUAAACACCACCUCAUCUGCCCCUACCAGAACAUUCCAUGCAAUGGAUCCAGCAGGCCAGCUCAGCCCAGAGAG